AUGGCCAUAAACCGCAGCAAACUGAUAGAACACGCUCUGGUGGCGAUACCCCCGCCGCCAGCCCGUUUUACUCUGAGCGAAUGGCACCUUAACAACAGGUUCCGCAACAGGAUCUGUCUGGACCAGCAGAAGCUGGCCGACUCCGUCAUAGCCGAGUCGGACCGGCUGAUAGAUGUGGUCAACGAAAAGACGGACUUAAACAAGCGAGACGCCGAUCAUAAAUUACACGAGAAGAUUAAGGAUAUCGAGUUUAAUCGCGACGAGAUUAACAAGCAGAGGAAGGAGGUGUGUAUGGAGAUUGACAAUCUGAACACGUAUAUGGAUAGGCUGCACGACGCGUUGAAUGCACUGAAAGAAACUGCGAUGAGGGUGUGCAAGAAGUGCCUCAUUCUGAGGGAGGGUAGGCUAGGCAUCGAUUUGUGUUGCGACGCCAUCGACAGGGAGUUGAAGAAAGAAUAUCAAAUUUUGGAAGGAUCACAGAAUCUGCUCAGGAGGACGCUGGAGCAAGCCAACGAACAGGUGCGUCGACUCCGCUCGACCAUCUACUUUAUGGACCGCGACCUGGAGGACAAGGGCAACGUGCUCAAAAUCGACUCGCAAAACUGCUCUCUGAAAGAAACCAGCCUCAACCUCAGCAUAUACUACGGAUUUGCACCUCUAGACCCGUCCAACAUAACCUUGGAAGAAUGGGAACAGUACACGCGGGCCAACAUAGAAAAAGCCGCGAAGGAAAUCAACAGCGCCAGACAGUUGCGUUCUUACGUGGACACGCUGCUGAAACAGGUCAUCGAAGACCUGUGCAACCAGUAUCACAUCGUAAACGAGGCGUUCCGCAAAAGGAUCGAAGAGACGAAAGAGGUCAAGCUGAAGCUGGAGGUGCAGCACUCCGAAGUUGCCAGACAAGCGAACGAAAUGACUAGAGCGAUAACGAGGCUGGACAAAGCCAUUACGGAAAAGGAAGGGUAUAUGGCUCUGGCACAUACGAGACUGGGAAAUAGAGCUCAGCGACCUGGCAUGGAGCUGUGCAAGGAUCUCGUGGAGAUAACACUGGCGAACGAGGUGGGAGAAUUGAGACAAAACGUGGCGACUUUGCAGCAGCAGAGGGCCGAGGCAGAGGCGUCUUUAAGGUAUCUGUUGAAGACACAAAUUCAGUUGGAGGAGGAUAUUAAUAUCAAGACGAAUACUUUGAAAAUCGAUGAGGUCGAUUGUAUGACGCUUAGGCAAAGUGUCGACUAUCACUCUUUCUAA